UAUAACAUUUUUAAUUCCUAUUCACAAUUAGGUUUUGUACCUCAGUGCACUUGGGAAUAAUAAGGCAGACACUGGUUUGAGAUUUUUUAUGGAGAGUGUGCAAAAACAUGGGUGGCCAUCAACAGUACGCGGUGACCAAGGGGUAGAGAAUGUGGAGAUUGCAAGUUCCAUGUUCACUGUACGAGGAACCGGUCGCGGCAGCUUUAUAGCUGGAAAAAGCGUACACAACCAAAGAGUGGAACGACUGUGGAGAGAUGUGUGGACAUCUGUAACAUCUCAGUACUACAAUGUGCUUCACACCUUGGAGGAAGAGCGGUUUGUAGACCUGUCUAAUGCUGUUCACCUCUUCUGCCUUGGGUACAUUUUCAUUCCACGUCUACAAGCAGACGUUCAAAACUUUGUGGAGACAUGGAAUUGUCAUCCCUUGAGGACCGAGGGAAACAUGAGCCCUAAUCAGCUUUGGACAAUUGGGAGGCUGCAAGUACCAGAGCAAGAGCCAGAUCUGUCUGAGAUUGAACUCUUGCAUGACCAUGAAGCUUGUGGUGCUGAUCCAGAACGUGGAGUCGUAGUACCAGAAACUGCAUGCCCCUUGUCAGCUGAGGCUCUUGCUGCCUUACAAGUUAUAAAUCCCACCACAGAUUCCUCUUCUCUUGGGCGGUAUCUCUAUAUACAUGCCCUUCAAUUGGUGUCAUUCUUUGAGUAGGUGCUAUAAGCAGCUUACAAAAGAUAUAAUUUUUAUUGUAGUUCUCCAAUAAAUAUCUCCAUGCUUCUUAGAAUGUUUAGUUUGUGCUUGUACCAGCAUGUCAGUCUGGAGCUAGGAGGCUCCAACUCACAAGACUUGUGUCUUAUCUGUGACAUUUUCCUUUGUUCUGGUAAUAAACUGACAGUCAUUGAUGGAGAUCUGGAGAAACUAGUUGUUUUUAAUGCCCACUGGGUUAUGGGGUGUAAUGAUACGCCAGAUUCACAGUUCGGUUAAAGUCUUUGCUCGGUACU